CACCAGAGGUGUCGCCACCCUAGGGCUUUCCAUCUUCAUCGUCACCCUCACUCCCUCGCCUCCCCUGCACAGCAACCGUCUUGCUCACGCCCUUCGCUCGCCGUCUGCUGCCCCGGACCCGUCCCGACUCGCAUCGCUCCACUCUCCUCUUCGUGCAGAGAAGCAAGAUGGUGGAACAGCUAUCAGAGGAGCAGAUCGCUGAGUUCAAGGAGGCAUUCAGCCUGUUUGACAAGGAUGGAGAUGGUUCCAUCACCACCAAGGAGCUCGGGACAGUGAUGAGGUCUCUCGGGCAAAAUCCAACUGAAGCUGAGCUUCAGGACAUGAUUAAUGAAGUUGACGCUGAUGGGAACGGGACCAUUGAUUUUGCUGAGUUUCUGAACCUAAUGGCGAGAAAGAUGAAAGAUACUGAUUCUGAGGAAGAACUGAAAGAAGCUUUCCGAGUGUUUGACAAGGACCAAAAUGGGUUCAUUUCUGCUGCCGAGCUGAGGCACGUCAUGACCAACCUUGGUGAAAAGCUCACUGACGACGAGGUAGAUGAAAUGAUCCGCGAGGCUGACGUCGAUGGAGAUGGUCAGAUCAACUACGAAGAGUUUGUGAAGAUGAUGAUGGCCAAGUAGAUAUCUGCAAUCUCUCUCUCUCUGUUUCUUUCCUAUUAGAUACGUGGUUGCUCUUGUUAUGGACAGAACUCCUACAGCCAGAAAUUCAUUGAAAGGAUCUGGCUUCUUGUUCAUGGUUGCUCAUAUGGAGCGUCAUUGCGCCCUUCCAUUGAAGGAUUCUGACAUCUUGUUGACAAGGCCCUUUUCGCAUCCCCUGGAUACGAAAGAAGUGUCAUACAUUGUCAAUGUAGAAAUCUAGGUUUGUGACGACAAGCUGCGGCCUGCUUGAUUUCAAGCUUACAGCUUGUGGGAAUUGUGGUUGCUGUCCAGAAUUUCAUCUCACUUGCUCACUUCUGUAACUUUGGGUUUUUGCUCGCUCUGGCUUAUCUUACUCUAGUGUAAUUAAUUUACUCUUAUAUGCUAAGAAUUGAAUUUGUCCA